AUGGCUGAUAAAUCCACCCACUCUACUACUUCUCAACUUGCUGCCACUUUCGCCCCAGCUCGCGCCGCUCAAAGCAUUCCAUUUACCAUGUCUACAACGCAGCCGUCCCCGUCUAGGUCUAUUCCCCAGACCAUGGACUCUAACUAUGCUUGCAUCCCGUCGCAAACCACCUCAAUGGCUCGGGAUACUUCAAAAAAGACAUUCGAUAUCAGCAGUCUCAUGUCGCCUCCCGAGCCGGUGCCUUACGAAAGCUUCAACCAGGUUCAACAACAAAAUGCGUCGUCGUCAUCGGCUACUCACAAGGCCCAUGAGGUGACAAAACCUAGCAUGCCCAUGUCACCUCCUGUAUCGCCCUACAUCACAGAAUCCGCCAAUGCCGCAGUACCUGCUACUCCAACCAGCAUGACCAAGGACCCGAUCCUGUAUCCCCGCGACGACACGGCAUCCAGUCCGACUCAGCCGCCUCUGUUUCCCAGCACAGAAAUAAUUGAGCACCGUCGCAUCGUCGACGAGCACAUUGGUGCAAGACCUCCGGGCCUGUUUCGUGAGGGAUCGCCUCCUCAGAGAGAGGACUAUGAAUUGGCGUUGCAAUUGAAGUCCCACGUCAUGAAACUGUUCGCCAGCAACCGAAGAUCAUGGUUCGAGAAGGAACGGGACCAAGUCAGGGCCGAUCGGAAGUUGAACAGCGCUCGGUGGAACAGCGUCGUGCGAUAUCAGACCAUCGCUCCCGCGAAGUCUGCACCCAUUAAGGCGACAAAGCCUGUCUCCACUAGACCCAAGGUUGCAUCUUCGUCUAUCAAUCCCAAACCCGACCGUGUUGUCAAGCCUCAAGCUCCUCGACCUGUCCGCAACAGUCCUCCAACUCGACACGUUCGUCGUGUUAGCGCCACUCCGGACCCCGCUCGUCGCGUUGUUGCCCCAAACAGAGAGGACCGCGACUUUGGCGCACUCCCAGACUACUGCCCACCAGUGUCGUCUUUGCCUGACAAACCAAACUGUCUGAAGGUAGACUGGAAGGGUGCUCCCAUUGAUCUCAGCGAUGAUCCCAAUAUCAAGAUGCUUCAUCCCGACGAGGCGAGCCUUGCAGCCAACCUGAGGCUCGACUGUGCCACUUAUCUCACCAGCAAGCGUCGUAUCUUCAUCCGCCGACUUGAGUGUGCCCGAGUGGGCAAGGAGUUCCGCAAGACCGAUGCUCAACAGGCUUGUAAAAUCGACGUAAACAAAGCCUCGAAGCUCUGGACUGCCUUCGACAAAGUUGGUUGGCUGGAUCUUAAGUGGAUGAGCCAGUUCACCUGA